AUGAAGAUUCUAAACAUUCUAAAACGAAGAGGGCUUCCCUAUAUUUUUGUUAUUGUUUCCAUCUUCUUCUCUAUCUAUCAUCCUGAAUUCCCGCUUUCGUUUCAGGUGUGGGCAAGGACAAUUGAAGAUUCUCCUCAGGAUUCUGAUGUGAUUGUCGAAUUCUUUCACAUACCUGAGGCUUUCGAUAUGGAUUAUAAGGAAAUGGAGAGGAGUUUCAAGAUUUUUGUGUACCCAAAUAAUGCUACUCUUUGUGAAGAACCAAGGAAGCUUGACGGCGAGGAUGGGAAUGAAGGAGUGUUCUUUCAGAAUCUUUAUCAGAGUCGGUUUUUAACCAAAGAUACUGAGAAGGCUCAUCUUUUCCUCAUUCCCAGUUAUUGUCAUUCAUUGCCUGCUGAGGUAGAACUUUUAUGUGGUUUUAUUCACAUUGGUGUUCUUGUUGCUUUGAUAUGGUCUGGUUCUGAUAAGCGUAUAUAA